GUGCCGAACCCGAUCAAACUGAAGGUUGGGCUUGAGAUGCUGAGUGAGGUCCGCAUCGGACCCUUUGGCGAGGCGCACGCGCUGCUGAGCAAAGUCCUGGGCAACAUCGUCGCUCACCCAGACGAGGCCAAGUACAGGACUCUCAAGAAGUCGAACGCCAAGAUCGGGGCCCUGCUCGCCGUCUCGGGCGUCAAGGCGCUGCUCAUCGGCGUCGGCUUCACCGAGGAGAGCGAGGCGUUUAUGCUGCCUGCAGAGCUCGGCCCGGCGGGCUGCGCCGCGGGGCUUGCGGGGCUGAAUGCGCAGGCGGACGAGAGGCAGUCGGCGGAGAGUUCGGCGAAGCUGCAGGCGGCGUCCGAGCUGCAGAAGAAGCAGGCGGUCGAGGCGGAGAAGCGCAAGCUCGAGAAGCUGCAGAUCCAAGACGACGCAGAGGCGCGCAAGCAGCCCGGCUGGCGCGCAAAGGCUGCCGGAGUCAAGGGCGGGCGCGACAUCGUCACGCCGAGCGACAUCGGCGCGUGCGGCAACGCGGGCGGAUGAUCGUAGGCCGGCGCUCCGAUGCACGGGAGCGCCGCGCCACGACCGAGCGUGCGGCCAGGCUCUCGCAGCCGCCUCUCCCCCGCGUCUUCCUUGCUAAGGGAGCGCGGGCGGGGAGGCGGCUGCGAGAGGAAUGACGCCGGCGGCGCGCAACGCCCCCUUUGCGGGGCGGC